CCUAACGUCGGGUAAGGCAGCUGUGUAAUCACGAAUAUGCUUACAGAGAGUUUCGUUGCGGCGACACUGACUGCAAACAAAGCUGUUGCCCAUGCGAGCGCUGCUCUGAGGGAUGUAGGCAUCUUCCUCCAUGAGUUUCAGCCACAUAGUGGUGUCCGCCAUGGAUACAAGAAGAGCUCAAGCCGACCUGGAGGCAUUGCCAUUAGUUCCUCUCAUAUAUUCGCUGCUCAGGCCGAUAAAGCAGUUGUGAAUGUUUACAGUCGAGAACGAGGAAAUCAAGAAGCGACUGUACCAUUUCCCGAGAGGAUACACAGUCUAGCCUAUGCCCAUGGCGCGGAGAUUCUUGUACUUGGAACAGAGGGCGGGAAAUUGAUUCUUUGGGAAGUUGCAACAGGAAGAUUAACUACCUCUUCUGCGUCGCACCUGCAAGCAGUCUCAUCCAUAUGCAUCACUCCUAAUAAUGAGUAUAUCCUUUCAGGCUCUGCUGAUACAACUGUUCAUAUCUGGUCCCUACUGAAACUGGUCUCGUUCCUACAGCCGGCCAGUACCUUUGGAACAGAGGAGCCAUCCCAUUUGCCUGUACAAACGUUCUCAGCGCAUAGAGCAACGGUCAAUACUAUUACAUGUGGCCACUCGAAAAUCAACACAAACUUCGCGGUGUCUGCAUCUUCUGAUAGGACAUGUUAUGUCUGGCAUAUCGAUUCAUGUCAAGUUAUCCGGACUUUGCUUCUGCACAGCUCAGCAAUCUCAGUCACCAUCGAUCCAGCAGAUCGGGCGAUCUAUUUCGGUUGUGAUGAUGGACAGAUCCAAUCAUUCGAUAUCUACCAUUGCAGAGAUCAAAUUCAGGCGUCGACAUCAAACGCAUCAGAUCUCCCACCUAUACAAUUGCUGGCAAAAGACAGCUGGGUAGCGCCUUCAUCAGAUCUCGGUGCGGCAAGUUGCCUGACAUUGUCUUACGAUGGGACUUCACUUCUUUCUGGUCACCGCAAUGGAGCUAUCAUCAGGUGGGAUUGUGGGAAGCGUCGAAUUACGAACGAAGUCUCAAACCUUGCGCAGCCUGUUACUAGCAUUCAAAUGCUCGACCCAGAAGGCUUCCUCCGGAGAAAUGUACCCAGCUACACGAUCACAAAUGUUGUCAAGCCUAAUCUUGAUUUCGCGGCAUCCAAAGACAACGGUACUUGCGGCAUUCCAGCGAAAUACAAUCUUCACGUGAGACUCGGUCCCAAUAAGGCUGUUCACGCAGAUGGAUUUGUCGACGAAGCCAUCCUAGGCCACGGAUUUCCACAAGACUUGUUUGAUGACGCAUUGCGGUCGCUCACGGGGGCCAGUCAUGGGACAUCCACUACUUCUCUGGAUGGUAGUGAACUUGGAAAGGUCGAAAGACUAGAAGAUGAAGUUUCCCGGCUGAAGGAACAGCUGAGGGUAUUACACAAUGUCGAGCAGAAACGAAAAGAGCGCAAUCUCGCCAGACUGGAAAGGCAGGAUGAAGUCGAUUUGGAGAAGAGAAAGGCUUAUUUCGAAGCAAAGAAGAAAGGCCAAGAUGGAGAUCUCGCGAUCAAGACGUUUGAAGACAGGAGGAGCAUGCUGAGGACAAGCAGUGACGAAGACGACUCCGAUGUGCAGAUGGAUGUCACUUGAGAGUUCGACUGAGAUCUUUGCACACACCGACAAGGCCUUUGCCUCGCUGCCAAUUGCACAGCUUACCGAGAUCAAUAACGCACUGAAAAGGUUUAGGAGCAUCGAAAGCCUGCGGUGUCCUCACCGUUGGAACACAGGGCUGGAAAUCUUUCAAGAUAUACACACACCUUGAAAUACUUAUGACAACAAACCAAUGGGGUGGUAAAAAAGGAGUUGGG